UACUGCUCACAUACCAUGACAUCACUUCUUUUCCCUGUGGAUUCCUCCUCCGGAGCCCGCACCCUCGGCACUCCGGGUAUAGGUGAGGGUCUCCUCCCCUCCCCAAACGGGCCGUGCCCACCUCCAAGCCCCGUGGGGCGACGCGAAGGCACCGCGGCACCGGCGCUGGGACCCCCCGCGCUGUCCCCGCGGCGGAGCCCCCGAUGGUGCGGGGGGGCGGUGGGAGGGGCCGGGCCGGGGGCGGGUCCCGGCGGGGCCGGCGGGCGGGGCGCAGCCUCCCCCUGCUCGGCGACUUGGGGGCGCCUCGGCCGCGGUCUGUGCGGCAGCUGCCGGCGGGCCAUGGGGGGGAACAGUCUCAGCCUCGGCGUCCUGAGCCUCGGCGUUCUGCUCCUGGCCGCCGCCUCGGCGGGUGCGGAGCCGCCGCCGAGCUGCGAUGCGGUCCAGAAAGUUUUCCAGCUGCGGCGGCUCGGCCCCCUGGGCGGUGUCCCGGAGUCCCCGCGGGCAGGUGUUGAUCUCCAGGUUUGUACUUCUAGAAAUCCAACAUGCUGUACUAAAAAGAUGGAAGAAAGGUAUCAGACUGCAGCAAAGCAAGAUAUACAGCAAGUGCUUCAAAAAUCAAGUGCUACAUUAAAAUUUUUAAUAUCUCGUAAUACAGCUGCUUUUCAAGAAACCUUUGAAAUGCUUAUCAGACUGGCUGAGAAUUACACAAGCACACUUUUCUGCACUGCAUAUAGAAACAUGGCUGCUGAGGCUACUGUGCGUGUUCAGGAGUUUUUCACUGAUGUUGGACUCUUCGUGUUUGGCACAGACAUUAGCACAGAGAAAUUUGUCAAUAGAUUUUUUGACACUCUGUUUCCAGUAGUCUACAACCACGUGAUUAACCCCGGGCUGACUGACAUUUCACUGGAAUAUGCAGAGUGCCUCCGAAUGGCGAGAAGAGACAUCAGGCCCUUUGGCAAUAUUCCCAAAAAGGCCAUAGGACAAAUGGGAAGAUCGCUCUUAUCCAGCCGGACUUUCUUGCAGGCUCUGAAUUUGGGGAUUGAAGUGAUCAAUACAACAGAUCACCCGCAUUUCUCCAAAGACUGCAGCAGAGCUUUACUGAGAAUGCAGUAUUGCCCCCACUGCCAGGGAGUGAUGCUGAGCAAGCCCUGCAUGGGCUACUGCCUCAACAUCAUCCGGGGCUGCUUAGCCAGCAUAGCAGAAAUUGAUCUUCACUGGCGGGGAUAUGUUCGGUCCCUGGAGGAGCUCUCAAGCGCCAUGAGUGGAACACACGACAUUGAGCACGUGCUUCUCAACUUUCAUUCGCUUGUUAAUGAUGCUCUGGUACAGGCUCAUAUCCAUGGGCCAGAGUUAUCUGAGCAGGUGAAAAAGAUAUGUGGCCCUCCUGUAAGGAAGCCUACACAGUCUCCAGGUUGCUCCUUUGAUCAGAACAAAGAUAAUCAAGGGUUGAAGAUGUUCUCAAGAGACAGUGAAGAAAUGCUCACCAACAGAAGAAAGGAAUUUAUCAGCCACCUCCGGCUCUACAGAGCCUUUUAUGGUGGCCUGGCUGACCAGAUGUGCAGUAACGGGUUGGCAGCUGCAGAUGGACUCCCGUGUUGGAAUGGAGAAGAUGUCGUAAAAAGCUAUACACAUCGUGUGGUUGGCAAUGGAAUCAAAGCUCAGUCUGCAAAUCCAGAAGUAAAAGUGAAGGGAACAGAUCCUGUAAUAAGUCGAAUUAUUGACAAGCUGAAACAUGUUAUUCAGCUGUUGCAGGGCAAAUCAUUUCCAAAAUAUGAUAAAUGGGAUCUCCAUCAAACAGGCAGCGGUGGAGGUGUAGGUGAACAAAUAAGUGGUGAUUGUGAUGAUGAAGAUGGCUGCGGAGGAUCUGGAAGUGGAGAAUUCAAAAGAGUCCUGAAAAUCACAGACUCUGACUAGACAAUCUUACUAGAUCAAGGGAAUUGCAACAAACUACAAUACUAAUUCAAAGCAACAGUGAGGAUCAUUGCAUUUACUGCAGAUUUACAGUUAAAUUAAAAAAGGAGUUGAAGAAGUCAUACUUUUGCCAGACACUGUUGGCUAUUGAAGGCACUUGUCCUGCAUGACUUCAAAGGUUCAUUGAACUUGGAAAUCAGUGAACUCCUAAACCAGAGCAUGAUAAGAAUAUGUAUAGAACAAGUUCUGGUGAAAUUGACUUUCCAUCAGCUCAAUAACUAUUAAUGUAUUGGAUGCAGUGAAGCAUCACCCUACAUGAUCCAUCUUUAAAGGUCUACAGGGCUACUCAAAGGACUGGGAAAAGGAUCACUGAGAUGGUCAACAAUGCACAGAUAGAUGUGAGUGAAUCUUUUCUGCUAAUUUCAUACAAAGAUGUGAUGCCACUAGUAAUUGCUUAAGGAAGUAGAACAAUGACAAGAAAAAAAAAACAGAUUCAGAUUCUUUUGCAAAUUUGUUAGAGCUAGUUCUGGGAGUUUCUGUUGAGAUUUAAUAAAAGCAUCUGCUGUGUGACACAUUCCCCUUAUUGCACACAGAGAAAAAAUUGCAAAGUUGUUCAUUGUCUUUCAGUGGAAUGAACAAGCUUCUGACAAUAAAGAGGAUUUAACAGAGUGCUGAGAUCACACAUCUUUUACCAAGUAAUAGGAUGCAUCAGUCCUCUUUUUGUUGUGGCUAGGGAGGAAAAUGGAAAUGAGAUAAAAACAGGAGUGCCUAGGAGGUUGAGCACAUAUGAAGUGUUUGUUACAGUUACUUGUUCCUAGAAAGUCAUCUUACAAAUGAAAAGUAAGUUCUGUGCAAUUUAGUUAUCCACCAGAAAGAAUAGUGAGAUUUUUUUUAGUAAAAAAAAAGGUCUAUAUAGUCUAUAUUUUGAAAUCUGUAAACCUAAUUUUUGAAAUAAUAAUAGAAAAAAAUAUUUUUCACCAAUACUAUCACACUGCGAGUAUGUGGAGUAUGCACAAUUACAUGUAGAAUUCUGGCAUAACAAAGCUAUGAAUUUUUAAUUUGGCUCAGACUGUAAUUCAUUAUUAUUUCAGUUUCAAUACAUCUUGCAUACAGUACUUUAUCAUAGAAACAGCAUAUGUCAUAAAUGAGGUAAGUUUCUUAGUGAGAAAACACCAACGAUCUUCCUGUAAUGUUUAUUUUAAGGAGACUAAAGUAAAUGGUUCUCUUGGGUAAAUACAUCACUAUAUUUUCACAGAUGAGUUCAAGUGUACAGUCAAGAAGUAGGUAAAGUUAAGAUUUUCAUAAAUAAAAAUAAGCAGAUGCAUGAUAAUCUACUCAUCUCUUUCCAGUAGAAAAAAUAUUAUGUAUUUACAGGAUAUCUAAAAUUGAAUUGGAAGAUCUUUUGGACUAUUGUGGUUUAUAAGAUGAAUACUUGGGUGGUCCAAGAGGCCAGUAAUUGGAGAACAUGCUGCCACUAUCUGUUGGGCUCUUCAUUAAUCCAGUCCAGGCCAGCAGUGGUUAAGUAUGUAAAUUUAUGUAAAAGGAAAAUGUACUUUAAUCUUCAUUUCAAGAACUGUAAUAUAAACAUGUUUCUUAAAGAGCUCUUACAAAAUGAGUAAAUACUCUGGCCUACUAGUCACAGAAGAUUAGGAGUCAUGCCCCAUCUAACCUUUCCCCUGAGCCCGACAGCAAUCACUCUUUUCACCUUUGUGGAGUGCUACUUUGCUAUGGAACAAGUAAUGUGGCCUGGUAAGAGAUCUGUAGAGAAAAAUAUUUGUUUUCCAGGGCCAGCACUAUAAUUAUUUGAGGGAUUUUAAUGCAGUCUAGCUCCACUCUAGUUCUAUUGUUAUGAUUAUUAUUAUGAUUAUUAUUCUUCAGUGGUUAGCUGUUGGAGUGUUUCCUCCAGUUCAGUUUCAUCCACCUGACCUGGAGUCAAGUGAAAAGUGGUUGGAAAAGAACCCAACAGCCAAUGGUAAUCUAUCCUUCAAGUAUCUACAGGAUCAUCUCAUCUUUCAUUUCACAGUGAGAGAUAUACUAGAUGUCAGAACUUUUCUGCUAACCCUUAACUGGAAGGGUUGGGAAGACUAUCCGAUUUCUGACAAAAUCUAAUUGUAGAAUUGGACAGACCUGAAUAAAAGGAAGACUUACAAAUGCAUUUUGUGAUAUAAACACUAUGUUUUCUAGACAUGAUCACCUUUAUAGAAAUUUGGUGGACUGAAAUAGGGCUGGGUGUAACAAGGACAUCAGCUGGGUGGAGAGAAAUAAAUUAAUAUAAACAGAAUUUCUUCCACUGCUAUACUAGUCAGUUUUAUCACAGUAGAAGGGACCUACGGAGGUCUGUUGGACCAACCUGCUUGCUGAAAGCAGAGCCACAUAGAGUCAGCUGUCUGGGACAUAUCCAAACAGCUUUUGAAUGUCUCUCGGGAUAAAGACUCCACAAUCCUUCCUGAGCAACGCGUGCCAGUGCUUGGUCACCUUCACACUGAAAAAGUGUUUCCCGAUGUCCAGAGGGAACCUCCUGUGUUUCAGCUGCUGCCCACGUCACUGCCAAUAACUUCAUCAUAGAAGGUUAUCAGAUUGGUUUACAGGAUUAGUUGUUCCAUCACAUUCCAAGGGAUUAAGGUGGGCCUUAUCAGCCUAUAAUUGUUACUGACAUAAUUGCUCUGAAAUAGGAAAGUAGUAAGUGUAUUGAAACUUUUUUUUCCUGUUGCACGAUGGACAAAGGACAAGAACCCAGUAAUACACUUUAGAAACUUCAUAUAGUCAGAAACUGAAGUAGAGGCAUCCAGAAUUUCAGGCACUUAUAUAACUGCCAGACUUUUUUUUGAUGUGCUACUAUUCAGGGAUAGUAGCAAGUAUUUCAUAGAUAAUGCUGAAUAAGUUAAUUGUCUUAAUACAUAUGUCUAGUGAACAAAAUUCCAUUCACAAAAUGUUCUGAGGUGAAAAAUCCAUCCUUUUAUGAACUGAUUUAGCAUACUGAGUUAUCACGAAAUAUCACUUUCUAAGCAGGUUUUUACACAGGGCUAAAUUUGAAAUUAAAAUAGUAUUCCAUGAUUAGGUUUAAGACCCACUGUAAAGUGAUAUUUUAUAUAUAUUUUUAUAUAUAUAUAUAUAUGUAUAUACACUCAUUUUUGAUAUGUCAGCCCUCUUUCCCAUUUUACUUAUCACUCUUGAAAGUAACUGCUACUCUUUAAGAGUAGGUAAGUCUCCAAAUUUUCCAACAUUAUAUUUCUCAAAUAUACUGUUUAGUUUAAAUAAAGUAAAAAUCACCAGGUUGAUAAAAUUGAACUUUUCUUAUCUCUAAACUGGAUAGUAUAAAACUAGGAGAAAAUGCUUCAUAGCAUACAGUUCACCAGUGUUCAAUAACUUACAGGAUAUAUUCUGAGUUUAUUGAGUUAAGAGAUAAAACUUGUGAGUCACUGCCACAGAGGGAGUAUUUUUAUUCAUCUUGUUUGAAUCUGAUCAGCAGAAUAUCUCCCAGAUAUUGAAAGAAUUGUUUUUAAAAUAGCAGAAAUAAAAAACUCUCUCAUCCUUAAGGUGCUGUAAAAAGAAUUCUGAAAACAUCUGUAAAUGUUCUGGACACAUAAUACAAAGGGGAUUACUUUUUUCCUAAAACAUAAUAAAAAAGAGAAAAGAAGUAGUAUGAAAUGAAGAAGGAACAGAUGAGGUAAUAAAAUCAGGACACACAAAAUUAUUUCCUUAUCUUUUGGGAAAGCACUGGAAACACAAAGAAUAGCUCUAUUAUUUUGUAAAACCACUGCAUUUUGAUUUCACAUGUAUUUUACAUAUGCAUUUUCAAAACCUGAAACAACUUCAAAACGGUCUCCUUUGAUAAUCUGUAAUCUAUAGUACUUUUAAAUAUAUAUGGCUAAAUGAGAAAAGGCUUACUGAAGAUGCGUUUUACUACUUGAAAGUAAUAUAUUUACUGCAGCUUAUUACUGUUAAGAGUAAUUUUUCUAAACUGAGUAAAUAAUCAAUUUAAACUAAAUAAAAUCAUUACGGAAGGAAAUAGGGAAUGAAAUUUAAUAGAAUACAGUGGGCAUAUUCUCUAACACUUUAGUAUUUUUAGUAUUUUCUUACUAAUGUAUCAAGUAUGGCUAAGUCAUUCAGUGACUUCUUUUUUGUACCAUUGAAAAGUUCUCAUAUGAAUCCAUCACACUAUGAAUUUAAAUAUGAGAAUGAAGAGACUUGUUAAAACUCUUGUUAUCCAGCUUCAUAAAAUAAUAUAUAUAUAUAAAGCAGCACAAUUUGAGCUUAUUGUGUAAAAGUAAUAACAGGAAAAUUGCCUUAAAGUAUUUUUCUUGUUUUGAAGUCUUUUUGGAUAAUAUAACUACUGAAUAAUGAAAAAUGAAAUAGUGCAUACAAGGUUUUUUCUUAUGUGGACUAAAUAUUCCCCAUUUAUUUUGCUAGUAUGCUUCUCAUAUUUAUAAUUACUUUCUGUUAAUAAGUAGAAUUUUUAAAUUAAUUUUUCUGUUAAAAAAUCAUAUUUUUUUGUAUCAAAUUAAAUGUCAUUCAUACUACAGCUGUGUGAAGUUUUGCAGAAAGAAUUAAAAUGCUCCAUAUGCAGAAAUGAUUUUUGGCACUUCGAAAUUAUAAAUCAUAGUUGGAAAAUUCCAAAAUUUGAUAGGUGAUUUUAUGAACAUUUAUCAGAUAGUAAAUUUUUUUUAACAUUAAGUAAUCUUUCUUCCAUAUCUUAAGUUUAUAGACAGAACUUUGUAUCGUUUUUAUUUCUGUAUAAUUUCACUCUAGUAAUAGUACGAAUUUGACUUCAUAUUUGCUAGCAGAUAAUUGACAGAUUAAUAAUUCCUGACUGGCUCUGCUACUUUUAUUUUUUCACUCUUUCAUAUUGCCCUGAUUUUAGCUCGGAAAGAGUUGAUUUUCUUAUCAGUACAGUGCUGUGGUUUGAAUUUAGGAUGAGAAUAAUGCUGAUAACACACUGAUGCUUUAGUUGUGGCUAAAUAGUGCUUACCCUAAAUCAAAGACUUUUCAGUUUCCCAUGCUCUGUUAGCAAAAAGGUGCACAAGAAGAUGGGAGGGAGCUCAGCCAGAAGUUGACCUGAACUGGCCAAAGGGAUUAUUUCAUAGCAUAGAACCUUAUAUAAGCUGGGGGGGAGCUGCUCAGGGAUGUUCUGGGCAUCAGUCAGUGGGUAAUAAUUGUACUGUGCAUCACUUGUCUUUCUUGGGUUUUAUUUAUCUCUCUCUCCUUUUCAUAAUCAUAAUUAUUAUUACUACUAUUAUUAUUACUAUUUUAUUUCCCACAGGUUUUACCUGUUUCCAGUUCUCCUCUCCAUCCUAAUGGAGAGGGGUUGGGGAGUGAGCAAGUCACUGUGUGGCACUUAGUUGCCUGCUGGUGUUAAACCACAACAUAUCUUCAGCUUUCAUAAUGCUUCCAGAUCAAUGAUACUGUUAUUCAGGACAGUGAUGAGACUGUUCUGAAAGACUAUGUCAGAAACUUUUGAAUAUGAGGAAGAUUGAGAUUUUGAUAUAAACUCUUUAACUCAGGCAUAUUUUUACUCAUGGGUGGAUUUAUUGAUACAAUAUAUACAAAAAUUAGUUUCAUGUCACACUAUUUCCUGUAAAUUCAAGUGCUUACACCACAGCAUCAGAACUGAAAAACAUUUUGUUCCAGGGCAUUAGAUAAAGGUCUGUAAAAAAAAAAAUCUUCAAAACCAGAAGUAUAAACUCAGUGAGUUUAGCAAAAUAGUAGUAAAAAGUACUAAAAGUUCUCUGGGAUAAAGAAUAUAUUCUGCCCUAUGUCUAUAAAGAAAAGGACAUAGCUGAUACUGAUCCUGUGCUGCAAAUAAUAAAAUUUACAAUUAGCCAGCUUUGAGAAAGCUAUUUUACUUUUUUUAUAGUGUUCAAAUAAAAUGCACUCAGUGGUACUCAAAAGCACACUGAAACACCUGUCAUGAAUGUGGGGGGAAGCUUGAUAUUGAAUGCUCUUUGCUAUGGGUAUGAUACCUAAGUAAUAAUCUCAAGCAGAGGCAGGCAGUCUAAAUUAUUUGCAUAUCCUCUCUGCAUAAACAAUGAAAAGAACUGACAACUCUUGGGACAGGAUGAAUUGGCCUCUGAAUUGUUUCUCUCUUCUUAUUGGGGAGCUUAUCACCAAGAGUUUACACAAGAGGAGUUAAGUUCAUUAGUUUUGUGAAGCACCUGACGAACAGCAGGUACUUAAGACAUUGAAAAUUAAGGUACUUAUGGGGAAUGAAUUAUCUGAUGCCUGUAUUAUUAGGCUUUUUUCUUUUUCAAUUUAGUGUUUAUUGUGUUUGUGUUGUCUUAACAACACAAUGGGAGUAAAUACUGCUUUGUUCUCAGUGGACACUGAAGGUCCCCCAAACCUGUUUGGAAGUUUCCUAUCAGAGGUAUCGCAACAAUAGUCCAUUCAAAACAGGCCAGGCAAUUGACCUUAUUCUCUCUUCUCCGACAACAAGAUGCUAUGCAAGAAGUGAAAAUAAUGUCAUGGGGGGUAGGAUUCCAUAACUGAAUAUGCUCAGCUCUAACUGAGGGUUGUUUAUAUACUACUCUUGCAGUUCAUGGUGUCAUAACUACAAAGAAUAAAUACUAUUUUUUAACAAUUUGCUAGUUACAGAAAUAUACUAAAAUUAUUCUAACAAAAAAGCAUUGUACUAUGUUUGUACAAAGCUAAGCUAAAACUAAAACAAGUUGAGCAAUAGCCAUCUUUAGUUGGUCUCCAGGCAGAUCAAGAAACCCUGAGGGCUGCAAAUGAUGAGAGGACUCCAUUUAAACCCUAUAGGUCUGCAGUGUCUGACAUCAGAAGGCUGUGUUACAUUUUGUACUUGUCUUCUGACACUGAUGUCAAAGCACAUUUUUCCCACUGUUUAAUCUGUAAUUCAUAUCUUUAAAACUCUGUUGCAUUUCUUAACUUUUUGAAAUACAAAAUCACACAAAGCACUGUUUAAAAUUUCUUCUCUCUUGUAAGAUUUUACAUUACAAGUAAUGAAUAGAUUUUAUUUUUGCAAACUGUACCUUUUGGUUUAUUUAUGAAGGAGUGAAUAAGAAUAUAUUUGUUUAUUUCAGAAAAAUGAUUGCCUUGUAGGAAACUCCUUUCUUUUCCCACAUCCCCCUGAAUCUGAUGAAAAGGGCAAAGUGUUGAAAUUAGCACCCAGACAUCUCUUGCCAAUUGAUGAUUUAGUGACAUUUUGAUCAAUAUGUCUGCAUCUUCAUCCCAGGAGCCAUAGAAGGUAGGAAAUUGAUAAUUGAUGAUGCAGUUCAGAAGAUCAUAAGAAACUAUUUAUCAUAGGAAAAUGAGCACUUUCACUACUGCUGUGAGAUUUGCUUGAGACAUGCCUUCUCAAACUAAAAGGCUCUUUUGUGUUUAUUUCUCUUUUCAAAUAGAAGUCUUUUCAUAUGUUUGGUCUUGUUUUCUAUUGUUUCUCUGGUAGCUCUGCUGUGUGAUAAGCAAGACACUUUUCUGACAGUGAAGCACCAUGGAUACACAUUAAUCCAUAGAUCUUAAUUUACAGGCAUUUCCUCAGAAGUGCUGUUGAUAUUUAUUUGUUAUCGACAUGACAUGUCUGCUUUAGUUAUAAACAAUUGAUGUUGUAAGUGUUCAAGUGCUGCAAAUAUUCAUUGUAGUUCUUUCUUUCUCUCAGAUCUCAAACUUUCCUUUAACAAUGUUUUCCAUAUGGAAGCCCUAAGUAGGCUAAUAUUUAAUUGCUGCACUGUAUUCAACAAAACCUUCACUUUUUAAAAUUAAAUUUGGGGAUAUCUGAUCCUAUUUUGUCAGAAUUUAAAUGACAUUUCUCAGGUUUCCUUAAAAUCAACUCUGAAAAUGGAAAUUGAAAAAUAACCUGCCAAUUUUGUCUGGUUUUGUAUGGAUAUAAUCAGAUUAUCAGAUGAUCUGAGUACCUGAGUAAAAAAAAAUGCUUUAGUGUAUUGAAGAAAUUGGUUUGAUUACUUCUCUAGUGUUUUCUGAUGACUCUGUCUCAGUGCAUAAGUUACAUUUCAGUUCUGAAUCAGAAACACUGGGCCAAAUCUGUAAUGCUGGGGCUUCAAUAGGCUUGGGAAAAUCUGUAGAAAUUGUCUUUUAUGUGAUUUUUUCCCCCAGAUUCCUGUGUGCAAAGUGGAUCAGAUCAGGGAAUCUAGUAUGAAAAUUUAACUUUCAUUAUUUAUGAAUGUAUGGCAAAUAUGGAUUCUGAAAGAAAUGGAACUGUGCACCACACAGAGGUUGAUUUCCGGAUUUGUCCACCGAUCUUUUUCAGCCUUUCUCUUUUAUUACGGUUCCUUUGUAAACAGCACCUCAUUUUGUCAUUCAGUUAACCAGAAUUCCCAGGAUCUUGCUAAACUGAUGUUUUGAUUCCACACAUUCACAACUCGUAUCAUGUUUGACUGUUUUCAGCCACAGAAGAACAUGCAGACCACACCGACCAUGAAGCGGUGUUCGCUUUGAGAACACAACACUGUCAAAAACACCAGUCAAGGCCAAAACACUCCUUUUUGAUCCUAAUUAACUAAACCAGGUGCUGUUGGCUUAACUUGUUCCCACAGAAUGUUGUCCCUUUCUACAUGGCCAUAUGGACUACCUUCUACAUGGACACCACACUCCACAAGCUUCAACAGAAAUUUUUGCCUAGCUAUGCUUCUGUUGGACACUGUGGUACUCCAUAACCCACACACAAAUAUUGACUUCAUACUCUCAUAUUGUCUAGGAAAUUUCUUAAGUAUGAUGAUUAAACAUAUAGCAUUUAAUCUAAUUUUUUACUCUUGAUCCUUUAUUCUGCUACCUGAAACAAAUAGUAAAUCUUUCAUUAAUUGGAACUAUUUUACAUGAAUAGAAACUCCACGUUAUAUAAAAGUAUACAAUUUUGGAAUUUCUUUUUGCAUUACACUCAGCUGGCUAUUUGAAGCAAUCGGAUUAGCUAAUGAGUUAAAUAAGGAAUCAGUCUUGGUUAUGUUAACUUAUUGGACAUAUUUUUUUGUUUGUUUGGUUGGGUUUUUUUAGGUUGUGGGUUUUUUGUUUUGUUUUUUUAAACUGUGCCCUGAAGAAUCCGAAGAAGUUCAAAUUUCUCAGAGAUUGAGUGGUGAUGAAAGGUAUUUUAAUGACAAUCACUGCCUUAAAAAAUCUACUACACAAAGAAUUCACAUGGAGAACCUCUUAAUAUUCAGGUCCCAGUUCAAGAUAGUACUAAACUGGGACUUGAAUACUGAGUGCAUGUAUGAGUAAAAGUACUUAAAUAUGAGUCACACAAUAAAAAGCCUUACAUGCCUAAACCUCUGCCUACACCUACUCCUAGACUUAGACCUAUUUUACUCCAAAUGAGAUUGUUGGUUUAUUUUUCACUGUUCCAUUUAAAUUAUAAUAAAGGGGAACAGAUUUAAUGUUCCUUAAGUAACUGAAAAGUAACAGCGAUGUAGGCAUUCCUUGGAACACUGCAGCACUGAUAGCCUGCUUUUCCUCAAAGAAAAAGGAGGAAAGCACAGAUAGUUCACUGACUUGGGGAAGAAGAAAACUGAUCUACGCCAAGAAUAUUUUACCAUUAGUACUUAGAAUCGUAGAAUCAUAGAAUAUCCUGAGUUAGAAAGGGGCAAGAAUGAGUCCAACUCUUAGCCCUGCAAAGGACCAUCCCCAAGAGUCCCACCAUGUUCCUGAGAUCAUUGUCCAAAUGCUUUUUGAACUCAGGCUUGGUGCUAUGACCACUUUCCUGGGGAGCUUGUUCCAGUGCUCAACCACUCCCUGGGUGAAAAGCCUUUUCCUGAUAUCCAAUCUAAACCUCCCCUGACUCAACUUCAUGCCAUUUCCUUAAGUCCUGUCACUAGCCAUGGUUAGAAUCAACUGGGCAAUCUGAAAGACAAAGCAAUCACCUAGAUCUCCAUACCAGUAUGAUUUUGUAUACCCAUAUUUCAAAAUUACUUGGAGACCAUCAUCUGUUUUAAUAUUUUCACAUCAUGAAACACCACCUCAGAAGUGAGCCAUGGAAAGUCUUAGUGGCUUUGUCUACAGAGCAAAUCUAGAUGUCUAGUUUAGAAUAGAUAGUUAUAUUUGGACACAAAUGCCAUCCUGUGCUCCUCAAUUCUUUCAGUGUGUUCUUCAUUGAAUUAUGUUGUACUCUUACAGUUGGAUGUCAAUGAGUAGAAUUCCUUUCAUUGUCUGUUGCAUUCCUUCCACAGUCAUAUAACCUUGCUUUAUAGUCAUAGGGAAGAAAUAGACCCUUUCAGAGCAUUAUUAUUUCUCCCAACUAUUUUAGACAUUUGUCUUCAGAUUGGUUGCAUCAUUCACCAAAGGUGUGUCUAUGUCUUUUUAUAAAAUAAAAAAGCCUGAUGAUAGGUUUAAAGUAGGUUAGUAAUUCAGCAGCUAAAUGUAUUUGGGAUUAAUUCCAAUCAAGGUGAGCCCAGAAAAGAGUCAGCAUCUAAAAUCUGGUUGCAACCUCGUCAUUACUUGUAGAUGGAAAUAUUACUUGGGCCAAAACAUGACAGAUGAGAGUCAAAAUGAACUCACAGACCAUAUUCUAAAAAAAAAGGCGAAAGUUAAAAAAAUUCAUACCUAUCAAUAAAUGUUGCCUUUAGAGUUCUGGUGAUGAUUAAAACAUAAAUUUUGCCAACUUCAUCAGGUGAAAAGAUGAAGAUGUCAUCUUUCUGUUAAGAUCAGACUACAAAGUCCUUUCUAAGAAGAAAUGUAUUAUAUUUAGUUGAAAUUUAUAUUGUAUCACAGAUACGUAUAGCAAUACUAUCUGAUUCUUUUUGAUUUCUAAUUUCUACCUUUGUCACAACAGUUUUAUACCAAUCUUAAAAAUUUAUAGUAAAUAAUUAUUUCUUGAGACAAGUAAAAAAAAGAGCAAGCUUAACUUUCAUGACCCUGGCCUCUUCAUUGCUUCAUUUAUAUUCCUUUGAGUAUUUGUUUUUGUGCACAUUGUUUUUGGGACAACUUUUUCUGUAGAUUGCAGGACUUUUCUAUUUUUAAUUUGAUAU